GUAUCAGAACCCUGAAGGAAUUCCUUUUUGUCUUCUAAUUCUUUGUCGAUCCAUACUUUUUCAUUUUUUUUCCCUCGCAUUUUUUUUUUCCGCGCUCGGUUACUCUCCUUGAAAACCACGACUUCACAGUCAAUGCCGCCUCCAAGGGAUACAUGUCCAUUGUUGAAUAUUUACUGGAUGAAGCGCAUGCCGAUCCUUUGGUCAAAAACAGCUUUGGGGAAGCCGCUUACGACGUGAGUGCCGCCGCUGGCGAAUCUUACAUUUGCGAAAUGCUCCAAAAAGCAGGAACCAAGUGGUGGCAAAUGCAGUACAUCGAGCAAGGCACAGACCCCAUGGUGGUAUCGCAAAGAAGCUCGAAUUACGAUCUCUUGGAUUUCCAUGUGACGGUCAUGGUGGUUCUCCAUGAAAAUCAACGAGCCACUUCGAUUCUGGGUUUAUCGAAACCUCAGUUCAGCGCCACCGCAUUGACAAAAUACGAUGUGAAGGGUCCUUGGUCUCUACAUCCAUCGGGUCUUUCUUGCUCCAAGGAAGAGGUGCGUCUACCACCCAGCAACGUUGGACGUUCACCGGGCGGAUCCAACUGGUUUUGGUUGACAGACUGGCAAAUCGAUUACAGUGACCCCCGUAUUGAUCCCACGUCAGGAUGGCAAUAUGCUCGCUCCUUUGAUACAGCCGACAACGCCUGGACUCCUGUAGCCCCUACCCGGCGCAUGGAUCUCGCCAAAACCAAUACUACGUUACCCAAUGACACCGAUCAUCCGGAGAAUGAAUCGCAAGGCGACUACUUGUAUUACGCCGAAGAAAUCAUGCAAGCGACCAAACGUGAAUUAUCUGCAUCCACUGAAGAUGCAGGUCAACCUAUUCGUCACACCAUCCGUCAACUUACCAAGGAAUUGCGUUCCUACGAAGAAGCGGUGCAAAUGCUCUUGGCAGGCAUCAAAACGGAUUAUAAUCAGUUCCGUAAACAUCAAGCCUCAAUCCUGGUGACAUCGUAUUCAGAACAUAUUGACAAGCUGAAUGCUCAGAUUACCGAACUGGCUCCCAAGCUGUCGACUCCCAUUUCUCCUGCCCCACUUCAACAUAACGAGGAGCUCGCCCGAGAAUUAGGAUUCGUCCAAUCAUCUGACAACCGACUUGCUCGAGAUUCGGCGGUUUACAAUAACGAACCUAGCGCGGCCAUAGGUUCUGAUUUUGAUGCCAAUCCAUGGUCCCGUCUCGGUUCCAAUACCAAUACGCAUUCGCAGUCGGUUGAACCCUGGCAAGCAUCGACGUCGGUGCUGCAACAUGAUACAUCCGGACUUCAUGCCGUAGAUUUACUCGGACACAAUGACCCCAUGGAUGAGUUUACGUCUCCGUUAUCUACACAACAAGCGACGCAAUCUCAAGGUCCCCGUCCAUUUGCGUGGGAAGCUGAUCUGGAAGCGAAAGAAUGUCGUCGUUGCAGUCGUCGGUUUGGAUUAUUGGUGAGACGCCAUCACUGUCGUCGAUGUGGUCUUAUUGUAUGUGACAAAUGCUCGUCGUCUCGCGCUUAUCUUGCUCCAUCCGAGAUCCUGCAAGAUCCGGCCAGUCCGCUGGAAUCCGUUCAAGUCCUGGCAUCGCAACAUCAACGUGUGUGUGAUAAAUGUUAUGCCGACCUUGGCAUGAGCUCUUGAACGGAUCUCUUGUGUCUAUGUAAUGUAAUUUGAUAUGUAAAUUCUUUGAUUCGCCCUUUUGUUUAUCUGAACUCUCCCCAGUGUGUGCCAUUCCUUAUUGUUUAUGAUCCUCCUCACGUUGUCCCAUUUUCUUGUAUGCAUUGAUGAUUCCCACUUUUUUUUUUUUUUACUCCUUCUACACCAC